UGGCCCAUCCCAGCGGCUGGUGGGGCGGGCGGCGGCGGCGGAAGCGGAAGUCGGCGGCGCGGCCCUGGCGGGAGGCAUGAAAGCGGCGGCGGGGCGGCGGCGGCGGCUCCUGGGGACGCUGUUGCUGCUGCUGCUGCCGCCGCCGCCGCUGGGGGCCGCAGGUGCCAAGGAAUCCGUCAUACCACUCCAAGAGGGCCGUACGUGCAAUCAGUCAGCUUCCCACCGUUUCUGUUACACUAACACGCGGGUCCCGCAAUGGCACGACAUAUGGACCAGGAUGCAGAUCCGGAUCAACAGCAGCAGGAUGAUCCGAGUCAUCCAGGUGGGCAGCGAGGAGGAGCUGAAGGAGCUGGAGGAGUUCAACGUGUGGAACUUCCUCUUCUCCUUCCUGAAGGAGAAGCUGAACGACACCUGCAUUGAUGUGGAUCUCUACAGCAACAAAACCUGCCUGAAAGUCGAGCUGCUGGAGACGGGCACCACGUACUGCGUCAUCCUCUUCCGAUGGUUUGACCCUAAACUCUUCCUGGUUUUCUUCCUGGGCCUGUUGUUGUUCUUCUGUGGGGAUAUGCUGAGCAGGAGCCAGCUCUUCUACUACUCAGCUGGGAUAAGUUUUGGCUUGCUGGCCUCGCUGCUCAUCCUCAUCUACAUGAUGUCCAAGGUCAUGCCAAAGAAAAGUCCAGUUUACUUCCUGCUGGUAGGAGGCUGGUCCUUUUCCCUCUACCUCCUUCAGCUGGUUUUCAAGAACCUACAAGAGAUCUGCAAGUCGUACUGGCAGUACCUCCUAGGCUAUCUGCUGCUCAUGGGCUUUGUGAGCUUUGGCGUGUGCUACAGAUACGGCCCGCUGGAGAACGAGCGCAGCAUCAACCUGCUUUCCUGGACCCUGCAGCUCCUGGGCCUGCUGCUGAUGUACUCGGGCAUCCAGAUCCGCUCCAUCGCCUUGGCCGUGGUGGUCGUUGCCAUCUGCGCCAAGAACCUGGACUAUCCCCUGCAGUGGGCCUACGCUGCCUGCAGGAGAGUGCAGAGCGCCAGGCUUGAGCCGAGCCCCCCUCGCCUGCUGACAGAGGAGGAGUACCGCAUCCAGGGCGAGGUGGAGACGCGCAGGGCCCUUGAGGAGCUGCGAAGCUACUGCAGUAGCCCAGAUUUCUCCGCCUGGACUGCGGUUUCCCGCAUCCAGUCUCCCAAGAGGUUUGCUGACUUCGUGGGGGGCGCCUCUCACCUCACCCCAAAUGAGGUCUCUGUCCACGAGCAGGAGUAUGGCCUGGGUGGUGUCUUCCUCGAGGACCAGCUCUUUGAGGAGGAUGACGACUCCUUCGAUGGGGAUCACACGAGCUACUCCCUGUCCCACAAUCACCUGGAUGCUGAUUGAGGUCAGCUGCCCCGGACCCAUGCGGGCGAGGGGCAGAACCGCUGUUGUUACCCCCACUUCCCUGGCACCCACAGUGCCCGUGGACACAGCCCUGCCUGCGGCGUGGGCGAGACCCCCAGCCAGGGGACGGGGAGAGCUGGCGUGUCUGCUCCCAGCACCUCAGGUCCCAUCCUGAGCUGGGCCACUGUUAACUCUGCAGCAGAGCCGAACUGGGAGGGGAGGAUAAGGGGAGCUGACGCCCCCACCUCCCCCAGGCGAUUCCUGCCAGGCUGAGGCAUGAAAGCUUUCAGCAGCGCAGCCCUCUAUGCUGACAGCGGGUGCACAGGGAGCUGGUCCUGGGAGGUGACCACAAGGCAGCCAGGCUCUGUGGUGCCGACAAGAUAUUGGGAUAUUGCUGCUGACUAAAGGUGGACUGGAGCUGUCCUGGCUUUUGGUGUGCAUGUGUGAGAACUUCAGAGUAUCCAAAUCAGAUGGGCAGGGCCCUCCCUCCCAGGCCUGUGGGCGCUGUAUUGACUCCUGCGAGCGCACUGAGCUCCCUGUCCCUCGGCGUCACCGCUGUAGUCAGCUGAUGGGGAGCCCCAUCCCCACACUUCUGCCUCAGGACUGCUGAGCGCCCUCCCUCUGAUGGGAGCGUCUCUGUGCCUGCCGGGGUGUGGGAGUGAAGAGUGUCUCACGUGCAGAUGCCUGUAGAGGGAUGACAUGUGCACGCGAGGAACUUUGGACCUGUCCUUCUGGUGUCUGCGUGCUCAGCACCUGUCUGCCGUGAGGCUGUCUGUGGAGAGAGUGACUUUCCCGAUGCUGCAGGGCCGGGGACGCGGGUGAACUGCUCCUCUUCAUGCUACUGCUUUUACCAAAGACACUUGAGGGCUCCAGGUGGUUGGGCUGUGACUGACUUGGAUCAAAACCCUCAAGGAUACCAAAAACCCCAAUGCCUCCUGGGCAGAGACAUGGCUCUGGAGGUGCCUCUGCAUUGCAGACCUCAGGAGAAGGCCCUUAAGCUUUCUUGGCCCCCCUGUGCAGCUCGCCCUGUCCUCCCCUCGCAGCUGUGACGUGGCAGACCCCGUGCUGGCAGCCCUGCGUCUCUGCUUCCCCAUGCUCUCCCUGGCUGAGGAUGUGUGAAUGUGCUUCCUUCUCCCUGGGCCGCUGCGUGUUUAGGUGCUGACAGCUCCUUGCCCUCUGCCCAUCCCCGACUCCAGCUUUGGAGGAAGUGUGGGGUGUUUACAGAGCCUGGGGGUCCCUGGGGGCUCCUCUGCAGCUGGCUUUGAGACUGUGCCCGAAAAGCAGCCUGCUCCUGAAGCCGGGCUGCUGGCUGCCUCCCAGCAUGGGGCGACGCCUGUGCUUCCUUGCCGUGGCCUAUAAAUGCCCCUGUGCAAAGUGUUUGUGGUGCAGGUGAGUCUCCCAGGUGUGCUGGGGCCCUGGAGGUACUGCUCUCUGCUGCUGACCCCCUGCACUUGCGGGGUCUGGGGAGCGGGGCUCCUCUCCCCAGCUGGCGUGGGGCAGAGGGACUGACCCUGAUUGUAUUUACUCCUUCCCACAUUGGGGAAGGGGCUCUGCUCUUCGGCAGCCGGGCUCUAGUACAGGCUGGUCCUCAGCCUUGUCAAAGCACAAACGUGCAGGGGACACCUCAGUCUAUGCAACUUUUUAAGCAAUAAAACUGCCCUUCUGUAGCCUAAAAGCCUGAGAGGCUGCUUGUUACCCUCAGCCCGGGCUCCCUCAGCCUGGCCUUUACCUCGUCUCAGUAUUACUGUCUCCCUUUGGCUGCGGGAGGAAGGGGGGGGAUCCCCAGUGCACCCUCUGCUGCGUCGCCCUGGGCUGCUUCCUCCACGCAGCUGUAGCUGUUCUCGCUGUUGCUUUGUUUCUGUGCCAGGUUUGUUCUCCUGCCCUUGCCGUGCUUCCGUCCCCGCUCUGGCGCGAGUGGCCUCCGUGAGCGGCCCGGCACGCAUUCCUCCCCGCAUGCUGCAGCUCUUCUGUCCCCUCUGUGGUUAACGCAGGUUGAAGACUGAUUAUUUUUUUAAUAAAGGUGUAUUUUGUAGGUGA